ACCGGGAGUGCGUCGCACCCGCGACUCUCCCGCGGGGAAUGGACUGAGCCGCGCUGGCGGCCAGCGCCGAGUCCGUCCUGCCUUCGCCGGGUCGCGCCACGCCGGGCUCCGGGCGCAGGACAGCGCCUCACCCGUUCCCCGCGGACGGCCCCCAACCGGCAGCCGCACCGGGGAGAUGUCUGGCGGCCGGAGGAGGAGCGGCGCCCCCUGGCACACCUUCUCCCGGUUCUUCGCUCCCCGAAGCCCUUCCCGGGACAAGGAAGAGGAAGAGGAGGAGAGGCCGGGGACGAGCCAGCCGCCCGCUCCAGGCCAGGGCGCUGUCAGUGUUGAAAAUGAGCCCGUGAGCACAAGUCAGAAAAAGGAUAAUGUACUUUCAUCAGAAGCAGUAAAGAUUCCCCAAAGUGAGGACAAAAAGAACCAUGCUGAGAAGCUAAUCACUCCUCCAACGCAGGAAGAUUCCAAAAAGCCUAAUGACCUUUCCCGUUCCACCUCAGAUACCAAAAUAGGAGAAAACGAUAGACAGCCAAAAGAAAGCUUUUUUCAGUUUCUUGGUAACUUAUUCAAUAUCUCAGGAAAAUCAUCUCUUGGUGAUGCCAAGCAAUCUUCUUUCAAAGAUAACCAUGACAGAACUGAGAAAGAUCUACAAAAUGCCGGUGACCAUCCUGAGGAAGGGGUGAAAAGGGAGAGGGAGAUUUUUGGUGGCUCCCUGGGAACCCAGGCGCUUCCAGCAGAAGAAUCCGAGUCCAACUCAGCUGAACCGUCAGAUGUCUUUUCUUUGGAUACAACACAGGAUAGUGAACAGGAAACCAGUGAUUUACUAAAACAACUAGAUGGUAAACCAGAGAGGCCGUCAGUAACAUAUGCAACAUAUCGAGGCCCCAGGCAAAUUAGGAAAUAUUUGAAGCACCAGACUGCAUUGGAAACUGUGACUCCCUCGGACAGAGAAAAUGAAAGUUCUGACUCUAGUACAAGCAUCCAUAUUGGUCCUGGAAGUGAGACGGAGGCUAGGAUGGUGUCAUCAUUGUCAUCAGCUAGCACAGAUGUAUCUAUGAAAAGGCAUUUGCUCGAAGGCCUGUCAGAAGACUCUGAUUGUAGCAAAGUAAAUCUUAACACAGAAAGCCAUCUGACAAACAACCCAGAUUUGCCCAAUACUGCUUUUUCUAAGGAUGUUUUAAAUAAAAAUGAUCCUGGGGGACCUGUGAGAAGUAGGCCAUCCCCUUCUUCUGGGACUAAAUCCAGCUCCACUGUUAGAGAAUCUGACUCACAGCACCAUUUAAAUGGUGCACGAGUUUCUCAGACUGACAGGAAUUUGGUAUGUUCAACGUUGUUUACAGGAAGUAACAGCAAAGUUCCUUGCAGUCUAGAUUUUCACGGGGUAACUACAACAGAAACUACAGUGAAGGAUGUCAGUUCAGUGAUGAGUGCUGGGACCUUGGUGCAAAGAGAACAUGUUGAGCCUGUGAGCCCCACUAUUUCUGACUUCUCUUGUAGGAAGUCUGAUGGGAGUGACACUACCAAAGAGGGAAGUACAGAUUUGCCAAGUUCAGAUAAAUCAAUUAGGCGCGAAGAUCCACAGUUGCCAGAGAGUAAGUGUUCUGACAAGCAAACCGCAGAUAACUCAGCAAAGCAGGCUGCCAAUCACACCAACAUCCCUGCUCUUCAGAGACAUGCUGUGACAGACACAGAACUUGUAAAUGAAGGAAAUAGACUGUCUGCCCAAGACUCACAGAAAAAUUUGGCUGCUAGAAAAAUCAUACAAGAAACAGAAAACACCUUGGUUGGUGAACCCAGAACUUCAAGUCUCAUAAAAGCUCCGAAAGGUAGAAUUGAGCCAUUACCCAAAGAUACUGACCAGUCGUUUGUAACAGAAGCCAGAAGGCCCGAUUUUAGGCCACAUGGCAAAAUGCCUCGUAUGGUUAGAAUAAAUCAAAACAACCCUGCCUCUGUAAAACACAUCAGUGAAUCAGCCAUUGUAGCAUGCUUAGAAAGUAAAAUAGCACCUGAACUGAAUUUUGAACCUAACCGAAAGCACAUUUCAGAAUCUCUUCUUGAUUCUGAGAGUCUUCAACAAGCCAAAGCAUCACCUGGUGUCAGAACAUCUCUUUCCCUUGACUAUAAAAAAUCAGAUUUCAGUAUUUCAUCUCCUACCUUUGUUUCCAGAGUUGGUAUGCCAAGCAAAUUAGAUAUUCCUGUUUUAAAGGAUGAAUGUUCUUCUGUGCUCACUGAAACUGGGGAUGUCAACAUUGUUGAUAUUUCCAAUCAUCCUAGUCAGUGUCAAGAAGAAAACGUGGCAAAUCGUGCUGAGGCAGCAGAUGGGAAGAGGCCUCCUGCUUGCCUUCGUCUCGGGCAUGUCUCUGCAACUCUUGAAUCCAAGGAAGUUCUUCCUGAAGUCAAAAAAUGCCACGUUCCACUAGAUCUUACAGCCAUAGAUGUUCAUGUAACUCGAGUGGACUCGAGAUUGGAGUCUGAAAGCCUCUCUGAGGACCACAGUUCCACUUCAUCUCAAGACCUUACUAAAGUAGAAUUGAUGCUUUCAAACACUAGAGCAAGUAAGAGCGCCAUAGAAAAGUCUGAUUCUCUUUCCUUGGAAACCAAACCUAACAUUGCCAAAAUUGUCUCAAAAGUGGAAGUUGAUGGUCAGAACAGUAUUCCUGUUGAGUUGUAUUCUGGAAGAGAAAACACUAUAGCCCUCUCCAAGAUAGCUGUUUCCCAAACAGAGCCCAGAGACAUUUCUCAGGAUAAAAUUUCUUCUCCAUUUGAAGUUACAGAUAUUCCAGGAAAGCUUACUUUAUCGGAAUUAGCUUCCCAAGAGGUUGAACGGGACAAAAGUUUUCAAUCGAUGGAUCAUAAGGAAAUAAAAGAAAAAUAUUCAACUUCUGGCCUUGAAGAGAAUUGUCAAACUGAAGUUUCUCUUCCUGCCUCCAAAUAUCAAGAUAUUCAGGAAACAGAGGCAGAAGCCUUAGUUUAUCUUCCUGCUUUUCCUAAAAGUAAUACAUCUGAGAUUUUACCUCCUCUUCAUAAUGAAAAAGUCACUAGGCAAAUGGCACAGAAUUACGAAGCCCGUGCUUGUGUGAUUCAUCAACCUUCAGAUGGUUGUGAGACUAGAAAGAUUUCUGGUUUCUCAAAAAUGGCAAAACUCAGCCUAACUAGUGCUUCUCCACAAUUCCAAGAAACUGACAGUACAAAAGUAAAUUCACUUUUUCUGGAUUCUGAUAGAAGUUCGGAAAAAAAUGCAUUUGCAUCUGGGGAUUCAAACUUUCAUAAUGCUCCUGUGCUGAUAUCAGGAAAGAAAGCCUUAUCUCAUAGAAGGAAAGAAAAUACUCAUUUCCUAAGUGGUAGUAUUAAUAACAUGUCUUCCUCCAGUAACUCUGAAGAAGUUAGCGUGGUUUUAAGUUCACAUAAUCCCCCAAAUAAUUUCAGUUCUGUAAAAGUUACCGUAGAUGCUACACCUGAAGGUGCCUCUUUAACUAACCUGCUGUACCCUAAGAGCUCUUAUUUGGAAUUGGAAACAUCUGUCCCAACAGGGUCAGAAGUGACCCCAUUUGAGGAACAUUUUGGGAAUCCUACUGGGAAGGGAUCUCUUGAUUUCCCAACUGCUGCCCGAUUUGACAAUCCUAUGGAAGCGGAGACUGGAGCAGUUGCUGGGGCUCCAGCGUCAGUUAACAGCUCAAGCCAGCAGUGUUCUGAAGCAUCUGCUAAGCACAUAGAAGCAAGGAGGAGAGCACAUGACCAACUUUUGGACCUCAAAAGUGGUUUACUGAAAAAGGCUGAUACAUUGAUUAGUGAAAUUUUUAACUCUGUCAGGGAAGAAUUAAAAUCCAAACACAGAGUGGCUACCUGCCAGGAGCAUAUAGCCAUAGACGGCAUAAUGAAUCCAGGUACUCUGAAAGAAGAUAUCCGUGAGAAAAACCCAUCAGAAGUGACACUGACAGGGAUUGAACUGACAGAGCAUUUGGAAGAGCAGGGCAUGGAAAACAGGUCAGCUGUCCGAGGGGAAGAAAAGGUCUGUGUUUCACCUACGGUUGGUGAGAAGAGUCUCCUUUUUGAUUCUGAUAGAAUGAAUUUAUCUUGUUUGUUAGAAGAUCAAGCUAGGGAAUUAGUCAAUGAGAUUAUUUAUUCAGCCCAAGAAAAUUUGACAAAUGAUGCUUUUGAAGAUACUGAGGAUACCUGGGAUUCUGAACUUCAGGCUAAUACUUCAGAAAUUCUGAACAGUGAUAGUGUUAAGCCACAUGAUACAUUAAGGGAGUUCUUGGUGUCUGAACAGGCAGUAAAUCAAAGCACGUGUGAAAUUAAUGAAAAUAAAGUAUUAGGUAGAUUCUUCUCUGUAAGUAACUUAGUUAAUGACACAGAGUCAAUUAAAGGAAGAGAAAUUGUUCUCUACCAAAAAUCCCCAUUUUCUGGAAAUGGAGCUGGACAGUCUGAUAGUAUAAAUUUGCUGAAAUCAGAUACUGUUUUGCUAGCUGAAGACACACCCCAUAAAGGGUUAGAUAAUAAGGUAAAAACACAUUUAUUUUUCAAAGAGGACUCUAAAGAGAAAGUGGAAAUAGACUGUGUGGAUAAUCACAAAACUGGGACAGAGAAUACAAAAACUCUUGUAUUUAAUUUCAAAUGGCCUCCAUUUGCAAAUGAUGACCUCCAUGUACCUGGGACAUCCAAAAGCAGUUUGUCUGAUAGUCUUGUGUGUAUAUCUGAAAAAAGCUCACCGGGACACAGUAAUAAAAGCACACUCCUUACAACAUCAGGAGUAGGGAAAGUACACAAGAAAGAUACUGAAGUAAAUAUGGGGGAAAUAGAGCUUAGACCUUCCAUGUUAGAACUGGGAGAAACAAACAAAAAGGAUGCUGAAUUGAAUAUUAUGAAAUAUGAGGCAGUCCCUCCUAUGUCAGAAAUGGGAAGAGCACAUAAAAAGGAAGCCAAAUUGAAUAUCACAAAAACUGAGCCAAUAGCUGACAUUCUUAAAGUGGGAGAGGUAUACCAAGUAGAUGCUGAGAGGUAUAUUGAAAAAACUGAGGCAUUACCUGCCAUUUUAGGAAUGAAAAAAGCUUAUAAGAGGAGGGAUGUUGAAGGAGAUCUUGGCAAAACUGACAUGCUGCCUGUUAUUUCAGAAGUGAAAAAUAUUUACCAAAAAGAUGCUGAGGUAAUUACUGAAAAGACUGAAAUGAUACCUACCACAUUAGAGAUGGAAAAUAUUUACCAAAAGCAUGCUGAAGGGGAUAUUGGCAAGAGUGGGAUCACAGCGGUUAUGUCAGAAAUGGAAGAUGCCUACCAAAAAGACUUUGAGGGGAUUACUGAAAAGACUGAAGUGAUACCUGCCACAUUAGAAAUGGAAGGUAUUUACCCAGAGGAUGCCGAAGGGGAUAUUGAAACCGAGAUGAUACCUGUUGGAUUAGAAAUGGCAGAUACUUACCUAAGAGAUGCUAAAGGGGAUCUGGACAAAACUGAGGUUAUGCCCAUUAUGUUAGAAGUGGUAAAUAUCUAUGAAAAAGAUGUGGAGGGCAUCACUGGAAAGAUUGCAGUACCUGUGGUGGAAAUAUCUUAUCAAAAGGAUGCUGGAGAGGGUAUUAGGAAAACAGAAGUGGAAGAAGCUCACAAGGCGACAGUCCCUGCCUUCUUAGAAGUGGAAAAACCAUGUAAGAGAGAGGCUAAAGAGACCCUUGGCAUGAUUGUGUCCAUGCCCUCUCCAAGAGAAAUGGAAAGAAUAUCUCCAGAAGAUUCUGAUGAGGCUCUCAGGAAACACAAAGUGUUAUCCACAAUGGUAAACAUGCAGAAAACAUACAGAACAGACCUGGAAUUGCCUGUUACACAAGCAGAGGCCAUGCCUCCCAUAUAUGAAGCUGAAAAAACCCCGCAAAAGUCUGGUGGAGAGAGUGCUGGAGAAAUGGAGAGAGAUCCCCCUGAGAGAAAGGAAGGCUUGAUAGCGUGUGACAACAGACUUGCCUCUUCCUAUUUCAGGGGAUAUGAAUCACCAACAUUAAGUAAGGAUUAUGAAGGCUACCCAGCUUUAGCAAUGUCAGAUUUUCAACCUGAGGGUACCAUAGGGAAGCUAGACAGAAGAACAUCUGUUAUUGCAGUAGAUAACCGAAUAAGGGAUGAUAAUUAUAGCGAUGAAAAAGAAGAAUCUAACUUGGCCUUCAUUUCUCAGGAUGAACAAGAAAAUUCUUCCUUUACUAUAUUAUAUGAAGAACCCCUUCAAGAUGAGGACAGGUGUGCUACCGCAGAACUAAGAAGAACACACUGUUUCUCGUUUCCUGAGACAUCUGCUGACAGCAUGCCUGUUCUCGCGUGCGAGAGGUCUGAGAGCAGAACUGACCUCGUCCAUCAUUUUGAAAAGGAUACUAAAUUAGGUGAGACGUUUGAUAGUGAUAGUUCGGAAUUGUUCUUAUCAGUGGAGGCUAAAAGGUACAAAAUUUAUCCCUUAGCUUUGUCUCCCAUUUAUGAGGAUGACAGUUCUCAGGAGGACAUUCUGUCCAGUGAGGUCUCGCCUGGUCAUCAUGGCUCCACAAAAUCAAGAGAGAGUGCAAGCCAGCCCUCUUCUGUUUUAUCCCUUCUGCAGUCCGUAUCAGAGCGCUUGAAGAUGAAUUUUGAUGAAGACAGACGGGGGGUAGGGGAAGAGGAGGAGGAGCACGUGGAGGAGGAGGAGGAACCGUUACAUAAAGGAAGCCUGAGAGCGAGGAGGAAGGAAGCCUUCAAGCGGCCAGACCCUUCCAUCGCAUUUUACCCUGAUGAUAGCCAGGAAAGGACUGGAAUUUCUAAGAAUUCAUAUGUAAUGUCAAAUGAACCUACUACCUCCAAUCUGCAAGUUGGUCUGUGGCCAGAAAAGGCUUCAUUUCUACAAAAAUCUGACCUUACUUCCAAACUACAUUCUUCUUUAAAGAGUGCUUAUCAUCAGUAUUUGCAGACUUCCAAAACCCAUUCCUCAGAGAAGGGAGCCCGAUUUGGUGGGAUUUUUCAGGAACCAGUGUCAAAAUACUUUCGUGCUCAGGACAUCUCAGGCAGAUUAAGCCCGUUCACAGAGAAUAUUAACAAACAAAUUUUGAGGUGUAACCCAAGACCUGGGAAGAUGGUUAUCUAUGAUCUCCAUGGAAGUAAAUAUAAGCAAGAGAUCUACUGUAGUAUUCCUGAUGCUACAUCAUGGUCCUUUCCGAAUGGGGUACUGAUAAAAGUUGUAAGGGGCUGCUGGAUUUUGUAUGAGAAGCCACAUUUCCAGGGUCAGAAAUGUGUGCUGGAAGAAGGGGAAAAGGUGUUAAAUCAUGACUGGAUCCUUCAGAACAGGAAGCAUCCACAGAGAGACUUUGUAUUGGGUUCUAUCAAACGUGUCUUAAAGGAUUGCAGCAUUCCAGAGAUAGAACUUCGCCCACAGAUGGACCCAGCUUGUUGUCCUAUGCAUAUACAGCGAGCAGUCCCCAAUUUGGAAGAGCUGAAUAUCCCCAAAUCUGUGUCCUUCACUGUGAAGUCAGGAGUUUGGCUUGCCUACCCGGAUAUUAAUUUUAAGGGGCAAGCUACAGUUCUGGAGGAAGACCAUGGGCUCUUUGAGAUUUCUGCCACAGAAAUGAAAUCAUUGCAUCCACUUCAAAUGGGUGGACUGAAAGUGGAAAUGCCUAUGAACUUGAAGGUUAUUAUUUAUGAAAAACCUCACUUCCAUGGACAUGCCAAAGAGUUUAGUGAACACAUAGAUUCUGUCCCUAAGUUUUUAAAAAAUGGGGAUUUUCAUGGAAUUGGAUCAAUUCGUGUCAUCGGUGGAGUGUGGGUUGCCUAUGAAAAAGAACAUUUUAAAGGCCAGCAAUUCUUGCUUGAAGAAGGAGAUUUUGAAGACAGUAAUGCCUGUGGGGCAUUAAGUGGCCCCAUCUUGUCUUUCCGGUUCUUACAAGCUAAUUUUAUAGAAUCUUCUAUCACACUGUUUGAAUCUGACCUAGAAAGUGGGAAGUUUAUUGACAUUACAAAUCAGGAAAUUUCUGACUUGGAAGAAGUCGGCUUUGGCAGUGAAACAAGAUCCAUUCAUGUUAAAAGUGGAGUAUGGGUUGCCUACCAGCAGAAGUUCUUUUGUGGAGAACAGUACAUUCUAGAAAAAGGGAAAUACAAAUGCUUUUUUGACUGGGGAGGAUCAAAUAAUAUAAUCAUGUCAAUACGACCUAUCCAUCUGGAACCACUUGGAAUAAAUGAGCCUCCACAUUUGCUCAAAGCAUUCAGUAUACCAGGGUUCCAAGGUGAAUGUGUAGAUUUUACAGAAGAAAUUUCUGAUUUGACUUCAUUCACACCAUGUUCUUUUAAAGUUCUUCGGGGUUGCUGGCUCCUGUAUUACCAAGAGGACAAUUCUGAUAAUCAGUGUGUGUUAGAAGAAGGCCUCUAUGCUGACCUUACUUCCUGUGGCUGCCCAACAUCGAGAGUUAAAUCCCUCAAGCCCAUUGACUAUGUUUUUGAAGAACCCUCCAUUAGCCUUUUUGCUCUGGAACACUGUGAGGGAAGAGAGUUACAUCUAGAAGAGGCUGUGAACUCUGUUCUGAACAAGGACCUGCACUUCUAUACCCAGUCUGUCUGGGUAAAAAGUGGACUGUGGAUAGCUUAUGAAGGAUCCAAUUUCUUAGGAAGACAAAUCUUACUUGAGCCUAAUGAAAUUCCCAAUUGGACAGCAUUCAGUGGAUGGAAAACAAUUGGUUCCCUCCGUCCUAUGAAGCAGCCUGCAGUGUACAUCAGGAUAAAGAACCGGGCCCAGGAUGAGUAUCUGACGGUCACUGGCAACGUUGCUGACACAAGGGCCACAUCCGUGUGCGUCUCUCCCUACAGCGGGAAGACAACUCAGAUCUGGCACUACUGCCGAGGACUCUUUAAAUCCAAGGCCAGUGACACGUGCCUUGAUGUGAUUGGAGGCCGGGACACCCCCGGGGCUAAAGUGGCUCUCUGGCCCGAACACGGACAGUUCCGGCAGAAGUGGAGGCUGAACAGAAACGGAACCAUCAGCUCCUAUCUCAGCGAUCAACUUGUCCUAGAUGUUAAAGGAGGAAAUUAUUAUGACAAGACUCAUGUAAUUGUAAAUCAACCCCUGGAGGGAGAAGAAACACAGAAAUGGGACAUUGAAAUAUUGUGAGAGAAUCUGCGGCAUCUCUAGGAAGAGCAAAGAACGAACCUCCUGUCCCUGGGAAAGGAAGCUACUUGUCUUCACGCUCCUGCAUCACUGAGCACAGUGAAGUUUGCUCCUAGCUUCCAAGACCAUUGCUCUUAACCAUGGCAACACUCAAGUAUUCUUGCUAGUUGUUUAGCGUUCCUAUGAAAAGCACAUUUUGAUUUCUGCGAAAGGUUCUAGUCCUGCUUGCUCUCCAGUUUUCUGGUGAGCAACUUGCCUCAAGUGUGUGCUUUCUCUCCUCUCCACCAGACACAAGUCCUACUCGUGAAAGUCACUGUAGGACCUUGGUGACUGUCAGCCUGUAUUAGCUGUUAAUAUCCUAGGAGAUGGGUGUGGGAGUGUGAAGCACAGGGAAACAAAUUCCUUUAGGCCAAGUCAUCCUUUUGCAAGAAGAGAAUUUUUUUUUUAGCAAUGCCUGAAAACAUUUAAUAUACCUUCCUAUUAAGCUGCUGUAUUAGAUAAGCCUUAAAGGGUCUUUUCUACUGAGGCUUUUAUAACUGAAGCACCGUAAGUAUUCAUACUUAUAACUGACCCCAGGAAAGGACCUUGGCUUUGUUUAGGAAAGAGGCUCGAGUAUUGGCGUAUUUUCUGUGGCCAAACGAAAAAAGCACAAAUAACUCGUGACCAUCCUUACUCUCUCCCGGGUGACAAGACUCUAUAAUUGGUGGUCACCUGUCCUGGUGCUGAGACCUCACCCUAGAUUUUGCCUGAUCUGCCCUCAAGGAGUUUAGUCAAAUUUUUCUUUGCCUGAAGGGAAAUUUCAAAUGUUUAAGUUAAAACCAAGUAGUAGUUGAGCCUUUUUGACUCUAUACCAUUUUACUUAAUGAAAUGGCUGAAAACUGUUAUUUCCAUUUUUAAGCAAAAUCAGGUAGGAUAUCAGGUAAUCAUUACCACCUUUAAAAAUUAUACAAUUCUUAAGUAUUUUUCCCUCCUGAGUUGGUUUUGAACUUGAGACAACUGUUCCCUUCGUCACAAACUUUUACCAGAAAGCAGAACACUGUCUGCUCUAUUUUUAUAUAGAAGGAUUAAAUACUCCAGCGAUAUUUUUGAAUAUCAACCUAUACGCACUUUAGAAUGUAAAAUAACAGUCAAUUGUUUAAACACAAAGACCCAAUAUUUUGAGCAUUUUUUAUAGAGACUUGGUCUUUCCAUGUAAAUACUGAUUUUCUUCCCUUCAAUCUCAGGCUCUUUGUCAUCUCUGAAGCAGCAGCUGUAAAACGCGUGUAUGCCCAUAGAUGGGAGCGCCUCUCAUUAGUGUGGCAGUAUUUAAUGAAACUUACGUUAUCGGGGUAACUUUAUUUUAACGGGGGGAGGGGGUUGUGUAUACACGGAGGUAUGUAUAUUUUCAUUGUAAAAAAACAAUUUAAAUUUUUUUGUGUUAAUUGUUUAAAAGAUUUUUGUAGAGCCAACAAGGCUCUUUAAAGAAGUUGUUUCUUCCAAAGAACAAAGACAAAGCCAGGUAGCGACCUUUAAAUGUCAAUGAUAACAUUUAUUGGAGUUGUGCAUUUUCUACCACACUGGAUUAAAUGAGUUUGUCCAAA